UGUAGGAAACCUCAUCAUCUUUCUCUUCCACCAACGCCUCUAAUGGUGGCCUUCGCAUCGCUGAACAUCCACAGAGUUGCCUCCAUAGCCUCGAAGCAAGGCCCUACGGACCCCAAAAGCUGGAAUUCAAUCAUCAAACGCCACGCUAAAUUGAAAGAUGACUGCGCAAUACUCUUUACCUUCACCCAAAUGGAAGAACAGGGCUUCUUGCCGGACAAUUCUACCUUGCCCCUCGUCCUCAAGGCCUGUGGAAGGCUACAAGCCGUUGAAAGAGGCAGGAAGAUACAUAGCGAAAUUGGGGGAACGAACUUGAUCGACGAUGUCAGAAUUCAGACGGCACUUGUGGGUUUCUACUGCAAAUGUGGGCUACCUGAAGAUGCCCUCUACGUGUUUGAUGGAAUUUCUGAGAGAGAUACGGUGUGUUGGAACGCCAUCAUGUCUGGGCUUGUGGGGUCUUCUUGUUAUGAGGAAGCUCUGCUGUUGUUUAUGGAAAUGCAGCAGGAAUAUUUGAGGCCAAACACGGUUACAGUGGUUGCGUUAGUUUCUGCAUGUGGGGAGCUCCGGCAACUGAGGCUUGGAAAAGAACUACACGGCUAUUGUUUGAGGAACGGACUGCUCGAUUGUAAUGCUCAUGUCGGUACUGCCUUGACUGGCUUCUAUUCGAGGUUCAAUGUGGGGAUUGCUCGGAAUGUGUUUGAAAUGAUGGGUUUGAGGAACACAGUCAGUUGGAAUACUAUGAUUUCUGGUUACCUUGAUGCAGGGGAUUCUUUGAGAGCUUUGGACCUCUUCAUGAAGAUGAUGAUUGAUGGGUUUGAGUGUGAUUCCAUUACAAUGUUAACUGUCAUUCAGGCCUGUUCGGAAGUUGGGUCUCUUAAACUGGGUAUGCAGAUCCAUCAGCUUGCAGUUAAAUACUACUUUACUGUAGAUUUAUUCAUAUUAAAUGCAUUGUUGAAUAUGUACGGUAAGAUUGGAAAUUUAGCAUCUUCACUUAAGCUAUUUGAAUCCACUCCCACUAAAGAUACUGCUUUGUGGAAUUCAAUAAUUUACGUGAAUGUUGAGCAUGGCUUCCUUGAGAAAGCAAUAUGUUUAUUUACUAGAAUGCGAUUAUCAGACAUCCAGGAAGAUGAAAGGACUAUUGCUGUUUUUCUAUCUUCCUGUGUAUACUUAGAUAGUGGUUUGAGAAUGGGAAAAAGCUUACAUGCUCAUUCAAUUAAAAUCGGGAUAGAGAAUGUCACGUCUCUUCAGAGAGCAUUAUUGAGUAUGUAUGCAGAACAAGAUUGUGUACUAGAUGCCUUUAUGUUUUUUGAUGAUAUUAAAGAUUCAGAUGUGAUCUCAUGGAACACUUUGAUCUCUACAUUAGUCCGGAAUGGACUUAGAGGUCAAGCAUGGGAACUCUUUGAGCAGAUGCAUCAGUCAGAUAUCAACCCCAACUCCCACACAGUAGUUUCCAUACUUGCUGCUUGUGAUGAUGAAUCCUUCUUAAAUGCUGGCAGGUCCAUUCACGGUUAUGUGGUAAAACAUGGUAUUGGAAUAAAUCCAUCACUAAACACUGCACUUACAGAGAUGUACAUGAAUUGCAACAACGAGUCUACAGCUAGGAGAUUGUUUGAGAGCUUUCAUGACAAAGAUUUGAUCUCAUGGAACUCUUUGAUUGCCAGUUAUAUUAAAAAUGAUCAAGCACACAAAGCACUUUUGCUUUUCCAUCGUAUGCUCUUGGAAGUGGAACCCAACUCAGUCACCAUCAUAAAUGUUCUUUCAUCAUGCACCCAUAUGGCCAAUCUCCCUGAAGGUCAAUGCCUGCAUGCCUACACUAUUCGGAGGGCAUCUUCAUUGGGUUUCGAUUUGUCCUUGGGAAAUGCUUUUUUAACCAUGUAUGCAAGAUGUGGCAGUAUCCAAUAUGCAGAAAAGAUCUUUAAAAUCCUACCAAGGAAAAAUAUUGUUACAUGGAAUGCCAUGAUUGAUGGCUAUGGCAUGCAUGGGCUAGGCCAUCAUGCCAUGCUUACAUUCUCACAAAUGUUGGAACAUGGUUUUAGACCAAAUGCAAUAACUUUUGUGUCUGCUUUAUCUGCUUGCAGCCAUUCUGGUUUGGUGGAGAAAGGCUUGCAGCUUUUCUACUCCAUGGUUCAAGAUUUCUUCUUAAUCCCUGAGCUUGUUCAUUAUGGUUGUGUGGUUGAUCUUCUUGGUCGUUCAGGACGCCUGGAUGAAGCCAGAAAGUUCAUUAGUGCGAUGCCUAUUGCACCAGAUGCAUCUAUUUGGAGGGCUCUGCUCAGUGCUUGUCGAGUUUAUUCCGAAACGAAGCUAGCCAAAACAACCUUUGAAAAGCUCAUUGAACUAGAGCCAACAAAUGCAGGAAAUUACAUCUUGUUAUCUAAUAUCUAUGCUGCAGCAGGUCGUUGGUCAGAGGUCAGAAACCUUAGAAUGCAGCUUGAGGAGAAAGGCUUAAAGAAGCCUCCAGGAAAAAGUUGGAUUGUAGUUCGAAGCAAAGUACACUACUUCACAGCCGGAGAUAGAUCGCACCACCAGUCGCACAAAAUUUAUACGGAAUUAAGAUCUCUGUUGUCUUCUAUUAGAAAACAUGGGUAUGUUCCAGAUCUUCGUUGGGUUUUGCAUGAAGAAGAGGAAGAGGUGAAACUUAGGAGGCUCUUCAGCCACAGUGAAAAGCUCGCUAUUGCAUUUGGACUGAUCAGUGUGCGUGGUGGGACCCCAAUCUUGAUCGGCAAGAAUCUAAGAGUUUGUGGGGAUUGCCAUGAAUUUGGUAAACAUGUGUCCAAACUUGUUGGAAGAGAAAUAGUGAUCAGGGACAAUAGCCGUUUCCAUCAUUUUGUUAAUGGAUUCUGCUUAUGCAAGGAUUAUUGGUGAGGCACAUAGGGCAUUUAGAAAUUUCCCUGGUUAUAUGAAGUUUAUGUUUAUUUAGAUGCUUCCAGUGAUGAAGGAAUAUUUUACAAUAAUAUUAUGAGCUUUGGGAAAAGCUUGGAAAGGACCAUUGAUUAUCAAUGCGGAACACUGGAAGACUGGAAGACAAGUAUGACGGAUCUAGAAGUUUGACGGAUAGCUUGCUUCUGACUCAAAAUCUUUACCGACCACUAGACCUGGAAGCUAUUGGUUGCACACAAAGAUGUACCACAACUGUAAGAAAAUCUAUGCAUUUUUUUAUAAAUUGUAAAUUGGCUUUCAUGGAGCAACUAACCCUGUUUUCCAUUGUUAAGAAAGUCAUAAAUCAAUAAAAAAGCAAACUACCAUGGCAUAUCACUACAUGACUGGAUGGAGAAUGAAGCAGUGGUUCUGUAUGUGUGAAAAUUGAGAAAAGACAAUCUUAUUUGCAGAAGCGGAAGCUCUUGAAGAUACAAGACUUGAUUAGUGUCAGACAUAAUGUAGGAUCAGCUGUAAGAGUAUUAAAAGGCCUGGAAGACCUACGGGCUGGACCAAAAAGAAUAGCAAUGCCAAUGCAAGAAGCCAAAACAGUGAGUUACUCAAGGAGAUUGGGGGACAAUCUAGAAGAUCUCGAAAGAUUGCUCGUCAAGUUGGGUCUGGUUUAUUCAUCGCAUAUAGUGGUGCUAUGAUUUGGAAUCCUGGAUAACCUAUGAGAAGGUUUAUCAGAGGACCAUCCUCUCGAUCAACAAGUUCUACACAAGCCACUACUUUAACUGUGCCAACAAGUAGUGCUCAUCCUCUAGGGGUCCAGACAAGAGGUUCUUUUGAAAGGAGGAAUAUGAAUGGCAACAUAGGAAGUUAAUUUACUUACUUUGUAUUUCUUUUUUUGGAGUGGAUGGUUUUGACUAGAUAUAUUAGAUGUAUUUUGUUUUGUAAAUACAAGUGUCAGCAUUUUAAUUGGAUGCUGUCCAUAUUGGUUCAUAUGGACCACAAC